AUGAAUUCUUUUCGACGAGCAACACCAGAUUCGGAGGCCGUGGCCUCAUCCGAAGACGAGAGACCCUGGCCCACGGCAAAGUCCUUCGGCAGCUUGCCUCGCAAAGAAAACAGUGUCCCAGGCCUGGGCGGAACGAUCUGGUCCACCCAGAAGCGGGACAGCUUCAAGAUGGAGAAGGCUGCCCAGCGAAAUGCAGCUCGUGAGGCACGCCUGGCUGCUCCAGGCGGUGCCCGUGGCAUCCUGAGAGCCGAAGGCACACCGUCACCGGCGGCUAGUGAUGCCUCUGGUGUGCUGCCGUUCCCGAUUCCGAUGCAACCGGUGCCCAAGGCCGGACGAUCUAUGUCACAUUCCCAGGGCCAGCGUGAGGUGCCUACCAGCACGAACGACCAUACUGUCCUCCCUCUUGGCCUGCUGGCUGAAGAAGAUGCUGAUACGGAGUCCGAGUCUGAUAUGGGUGGAGGACUAACCCACACUACCUCUCACCCGCCCAUUGGUACUUUACACCGCACAUCCACCUUGCCGAUGGCCUACGAAUCCUACUACGGCGGAUCCAACGGACGAGAUGCUGGGCAUGCUGUUGGAGGAGCACCGCGAAUCGAGGCUGCUUUCGCUAAUCUUUCGUUGGACCACCCACCCCGUCGCGCCCAAUGGCAAAGCAAGCUCGGAUGGGACGACGUCCCCAACGUCAACGAAUCGCGCCGCCACUCGCUUGCUGACAUCCCGACCCGCCGCGGCUCGGUCGCUGGUACGGAUAGCCGGCCACAGCUGGGUGGAGCGGCGUACUGGCCCGAUCGGAUGUACGAGUGGAACGGCGGUGCUGUUGAGGCGGAGGCGGAGGGGUAUGCAGAUUGUAAGUCUUUCGAUUCGAUGUCUCAUAUCUCAAAGUGCGGUUUGCUUGCUUUGCAUGCUGGAGUGGAGGAAAAUGCGUGGUCGGGUGCCCCAGGGUUUCUGGAAUGGGACUACUUGGACUAG